AUGACUCAAGGGCGGCCCCACAACCCGUUAUAUUCUCAAACACUUUUCCAAUACCUACCGAGUCCGGCCGUAACCCGUGACCCGACAAAGUCAUUCGCGCAAGCACUAUCCAAACUUGGUGCCCAAGUUGUUUCUGCUGAUUAUAGGGCUCCUGGCUCCAUCAAGGCUGCUCUAUCCGGAGCCCAUGCCGUAUUUGCUAUCAUUAACUUCUGGGCAAUUCUCACUUAA